AUGGCUUACUACACCAAAGAGUUGAUUCUGAUGAAGCAAAUGGACCCUACAGCUUAUUAUGACUGGUUAACGGAUCCUAGAAGGCCACCUAAGCACUGGUUUAGAGCUCACUUUAGCAGCACACUGAAAUGUGAUGUGCUUCUCAAUAAUUUGUGUGAAAAUUUCAAUGCUUUCAUUUUACCUGCUAGAUCCAAGCCUGUCAUUUCAUGCUUUGAGGAUAUUGUGGUUAAGAUGAUGAAGAGGAUUGCAAUGAGAAGAGACAAGACAAGCAAAUUUGUGGACCUUAUCUGCCCCAAGCCUAGAGAAAUUAUGGAGAAGAAUAAAGUUAAAUUUGCAACAGAUUGCAUGCCAUAUGGUUCUGGCAGCCCCCAAAUAGAGGUAGAAAGUUUUGGAGGAAGUAGAAAUGUGGUUGAUCUGACCAGAAGGACAUAUGCAUGUAGGAGAUGGAAUCUGACUGGUAUACCAUGCAAGCAUGCCAUAUCUACUAUCAACUUCAUGAGAUACAAGUCAGAAGACUAUGUGGAUGCUUGCUACCUCACUAAGACUUACAUAGCUGUUUACUCCAACACAGUAAAGCCAGUGAAUGGGAUGGACUUGUGGAUCCCUUCCGAUGAACCUACCAUCCUCCCACCACAGUACAAUAGGCAGCUUGGUAGGCCAAGAACCAAAAAGAUGAAAGAUGCAUUUGAAAAGGAGACUGAGGGUUCCAAGCUUGAAAGGGUUCAAAAAUCCUUAAAGUGUAGCAACUAUGGCACAUUGGGUCACAAUGUGAAGACUUGUCAUAUGCACCUUCCACCUAAGGAAAAAGCAGCAAAGAAGAGGAAACUAGACACAAAAGAGACUAAAGGUACCAAAAAGCAGCCAAAGUCAAAGAAUGAGCUUAGAGCAAAGGCAAAGCUAAGAACUAAACAACAGAAGAAAAAAAGGGAUCAAAAGAAGACAGUAGCAAAAACAUCAACAGCUACAGCUGCUUAA